AUGUAUCGUGGAUAUUCUACCAGCAACGGUGGCAACAAAUCGGGCAACAACACCUUGUUGUUCCUAGGUUUGGCCACUCUGGGCGGUGCUGGUGGAUAUUACUAUCACACCUCAAACCAGUCCGUCAAGACCGCUUCGCCUGAAGCCACGCAAGCAAAGACCAAGAGCGUCGACUACAAUCAAGUAUACAAGGAUAUUGCCGAGCUUUUGGAUGAGGAUUCCGAAUAUGAUGACGGCUCUUAUGGUCCAGUCUUUGUUCGUCUCGCAUGGCACGCUUCUGGUACUUAUGACAAGGAUACCAAGACUGGCGGUAGCAAUGGCGCCACAAUGCGCUUUGAGCCCGAAGCAACUCAUGGUGCCAACAACGGCUUGCACAUAGCACGCAACAUCCUCGAAAAGAUUCACAAAAAAUACCCUGAGAUUAGCUAUGGCGACUUGUGGACCUUGGCUGGUAUCUGCGCAAUUCAAGAACUGGGCGGUCCUACCAUCCCAUGGAGACCUGGUCGACAAGAUGCUCUUACCGCCGAGACAUGCACACCCGAUGGCCGUCUUCCUGAUGCUACCAAGAAGGAAAACCAUGCUCGCGAUAUCUUUUACCGAAUGGGCUUUGAUGAUCAAGAAAUUGUCGCAUUGCUCGGUGGUCACGCAUUGGGUCGCUGCCACCCUGAUCGCAGUGGCUUUGAUGGUCCAUGGCAAGAAGCCCCUACUAUGUUUACCAACGAAUACUUCAAGGCUCUUGCUGAGCGAAAGUGGGUCAAGAAGACCUUGGCUAACGGUGGAUGGCAAUACGUCGACAAGAGCAACCCUGAUGUCAUGAUGUUGCCCAUCGAACUCGACAUGUACGCGGACAAGCAUUUCAAGAAAUAUUUCGACUUGUAUGCCAAGGAUGAAAACAAGUUCUUUGAGGACUUUGCAAAGGCUUUUAAGAAGCUUAUUGAGCUGGGAGUGCCUUUCAAGGGUGAUGAGAAGGUAUACGUGUUCCCCAAGACUGCCGAGUAA